AGCGCGCGCGCCGCCCGGCCCCGGCCCUCCCAGCCUGCCGGCCUCGCCGCCUCCCGCCCGCGCGCACCGCUGCCUGCCACCGCCGCCGCCGCCACCGCCGCCGUCGCUGCUCCAGCGGGCGCUGCUCCGGAGUCGAGCCGCCGCCGCCACCACCGCCGCCGCCGGCUUUGUGCUUCCAGCCGAGGAUGGGAGCGACCUCUUCCUGAAAGCGAGCUGUCUCCAAAAGGGAGUGAGCGCGCCCGAUCGCCCGGCGGCGUGCAGGGAAUCCAUCCACAAGGCUCAGCCCAGGUUGGGACAUUUGGAAGUCUCAUUGUACAACAUGCUGCGAUUAAGUCUCUCACCGACUGUUUCAAUGGGAUUUCGUCUGGUAGCUAUAGUGGCUCUCUUGUUUUCCCAUGUUGACCAUAUAACUGCGGAAGCAGAGUCAGAAGCAGGAGGAAAUGAAACCACUGAAUGUACUGGCUCAUAUUACUGCAAGAAAGGGGUGAUUCUUCCCAUUUGGGAACCCCAAGACCCAUCUUUUGGGGAUAAAAUUGCUAGAGCAACUGUAUAUUUUGUGGCCAUGGUCUACAUGUUUCUCGGAGUUUCCAUCAUUGCUGACCGGUUCAUGUCCUCCAUAGAAGUCAUCACAUCUCAAGAAAAAGAAAUAACCAUAAAGAAGCCCAAUGGGGAGACCACCAAGACUACAGUAAGGAUCUGGAAUGAGACGGUGUCAAACCUGACCUUGAUGGCUCUGGGCUCAUCUGCUCCCGAGAUUCUCCUUUCUGUCAUUGAAGUAUGUGGCCAUAACUUCACUGCAGGGGACCUUGGUCCCAGCACCAUCGUGGGAAGCGCUGCCUUUAACAUGUUCAUCAUCAUUGCGAUUUGUGUUUAUGUGGUCCCUGAUGGAGAGACAAGGAAGAUUAAGCAUUUGCGUGUGUUCUUUGUGACAGCAGCCUGGAGCAUCUUCGCCUAUACCUGGCUUUAUAUAAUUCUGUCUGUCAUCUCUCCUGGUGUUGUGGAGGUCUGGGAAGGAUUGCUCACUUUCUUCUUUUUUCCCAUCUGUGUCGUGUUCGCUUGGGUAGCAGACAGGCGGCUUCUCUUUUACAAGUAUGUCUACAAGCGGUAUAGGGCUGGCAAGCAGAGGGGGAUGAUUAUUGAACAUGAAGGAGACAGGCCAGCCUCCAAAAGUGAAAUUGAAAUGGAUGGGAAAGUGAUCAACUCUCAUGUUGACAAUUUCUUAGAUGGUGCUCUGGUUUUGGAAGUCGAUGAGAGGGACCAAGAUGAUGAGGAAGCAAGGCGUGAGAUGGCAAGGAUUCUGAAGGAACUUAAGCAGAAGCAUCCGGAUAAAGAAAUUGAGCAAUUAAUAGAAUUAGCCAACUAUCAAGUCCUAAGUCAGCAGCAAAAAAGCCGAGCAUUUUAUCGGAUUCAAGCUACUCGCCUGAUGACUGGAGCUGGCAACAUUUUGAAGAGGCAUGCUGCUGACCAAGCAAGGAAGGCUGUCAGCAUGCAUGAAGUCAACAUGGGAGCGACUGAAAAUGACCCGGUCAGUAAGAUCUUCUUCGAGCAAGGGACAUACCAAUGUCUAGAGAACUGUGGUACCGUGGCUCUUACCAUUAUCCGUAGAGGGGGCGACUUGACCAACACUGUGUAUGUUGAUUUCAGAACAGAAGAUGGCACAGCCAAUGCUGGGUCUGAUUAUGAAUUCACUGAAGGGACUGUGAUCUUUAAACCUGGGGAGAGCCAGAAGGAGAUCAGAGUUGGCAUCAUUGAUGAUGAUAUCUUUGAAGAGGAUGAAAACUUCCUUGUGCAUCUAAGCAACGUCAGAGUCUCUUCUGAAGAUUCAGAAGAUGGCAUACUAGAAGCCAAUCAUAUUUCUACACUUGCUUGUCUUGGGUCUCCCUGCACUGCCACUGUGACCAUUUUUGAUGAUGACCAUGCAGGCAUCUUUACGUUUGAGGAACCAGUGACUCACGUGAGCGAGAGCAUUGGCAUCAUGGAGGUGAAGGUUUUGAGAACAUCCGGAGCUCGAGGAAAUGUUAUUGUUCCCUAUAAAACCAUUGAAGGAACAGCCCGAGGUGGAGGGGAGGACUUUGAGGACACGUGUGGAGAACUCGAAUUCGAGAACGAUGAAAUUGUCAAAACAAUUGAAGUCAAGGUAAUUGAUGAUGAGGAGUAUGAGAAAAACAAGACCUUCUACAUUGAGCUUGGAGAGCCCCGCCUGGUGGAGAUGAGUCAGAAGAAAGCCGGGUUGUUGAGUGAGCUUGGUGGCUUCACAUUAACAGGCCAGCCUCUCUUCAGGAAGGUUCAAGCUAGAGACCAUCUGCUUCCCUCCACUGUAAUCAGCAUUUCAGACGAGUAUGAUGACAAGCAGCCACUGACUAGCAAAGAGGAAGAGGAGAGGCGCAUUGCAGAAAUGGGGCGCCCCAUCCUGGGAGAGCACACCAAGCUGGAGGUGAUCAUUGAAGAGUCUUACGAAUUCAAGAGCACUGUGGACAAACUCAUUAAGAAGACAAACCUGGCCCUCGUGGUUGGGACAAACAGCUGGAGGGAGCAGUUCAUCGAAGCGAUCACUGUCAGUGCUGGGGAAGAUGACGACGACGAUGAAUGUGGGGAGGAGAAGCUGCCCUCUUGUUUUGAUUAUGUGAUGCACUUUCUCACAGUGUUCUGGAAGGUUCUGUUUGCCUUCGUGCCCCCUACAGAAUACUGGAAUGGCUGGGCCUGCUUCAUCGUCUCCAUCCUCAUGAUUGGCCUCCUAACAGCCUUCAUCGGAGAUCUGGCUUCCCACUUUGGCUGCACCAUUGGCCUGAAAGACUCCGUGACUGCAGUUGUGUUUGUCGCUCUCGGAACCUCAGUGCCAGACACGUUUGCCAGCAAAGUAGCAGCCACCCAGGACCAGUACGCAGAUGCAUCCAUAGGCAACGUCACCGGAAGCAACGCUGUGAACGUCUUCCUGGGAAUCGGCGUAGCCUGGUCCAUUGCUGCCAUCUACCACGCGGCCAACGGGGAACAGUUCAGAGUGUCCCCUGGCACGCUAGCUUUCUCCGUCACUCUCUUCACCAUUUUUGCAUUCAUCAACGUGGGGGUGCUGCUGUAUCGGCGGAGGCCAGAAAUAGGAGGUGAGCUAGGUGGGCCCCGGACUGCCAAGCUCCUCACAUCUUGCUUGUUCGUGCUCCUGUGGCUCUUGUACAUUUUCUUCUCCUCCCUGGAGGCCUACUGCCACAUAAAAGGCUUCUAAAGGAACAAUCAGAUAUAGUAAAUUUAUAUAUAUACAUAUAUAUACAUAAAAAAUUAUGUAUAAUGAACAGAGGAGACUGACAUUUGUUAUGUUCACUUAACCUGCUGAUGGAAUCCAGCUUCAAGAACAUACUCUGUACUAGGGCGGAAGUCAGAAACCACCAUCUCCCAUUCCCAGGGCAUCAUCGUGUUGAACAAGGCCUGGAGGCAGGUGCAUCUCGCAUCUCAGCCUAGGAGGGCUGUACCCUCUCCAAGUUUGUAAAUGGCUAAGGCUUUGGUUUGUUUUUCGUUUGUUUUGUUUCCAGUGGGGUCGGAGAGGUGGUGGUUGGCUUUUGGUUUGGUUUGAUUUUGCUUUGUUUUGUUGGGAGAGCCGGGAUCCUCCUUCUCUUUAUGGGAAGCGUUGAUCCACCCAAAGGUGUAUGGAUUUGGGAUCAAUCUGGAAAUCAUUAUGAUUCUCUCCUCACCUCCUCCAAACACUUUAAACGUUACUUUGGAUUAAGGAAAGAUCUGGGCAUGGAAGAAGAAAGAAGCACGUCUUUAUUACCAAAAUGUUAUGCUGAUCUCCGAGAUGUUAAUAGAGGCGAAUUGCCUCGAGGAAGAGAAGCAGGGGAGCUGAACUGGAGCCAGGAGAAGCGAUGGUUCUAGACGUAGACUAAGGAUAUGGUGCCUGGCACUCUCGUUCAACUGGUACAGGGAUAAUGUGCCUAGAUUCCCAGGAACUCCCAGAACUCUUCAUCCUUAUCUCUUUAGCUCUGAACUGUGAUUAGCAAGACCCUUAUUCUGCCCAGCCCAGCUAAUACCCCAGGUAUCCCAUCCCAGACCCCCCUCCUGCCCACUACCCAAUCCCCUGCAAGUAGGAAGAUUAACCCCAUCCCCCCCCCAAAAAAAAUAGAUAAUCCUUUUGGUCAUCACGUGUGUCCAGGUCCCACGUUGCUGUUGCCUGGGAUUUUUCCAUCAGUUUUAUUUUCAGUGGCAUCCAUGGCUUGCACAAUCCUGUUCCAGUCAUGACUGAACAUUUGCCCUCCUUCAUGUGCCUGUUUGGGAAUGUUGUUGUGAUCCCCUUUACACAGUGCAUGGACGACAAACUAAGAAAACAAAGCGUAUCUGUAUAUAGUAGAGUAUAGCAAAUACUGUUCUCCCAUUCAGCAAUGUUGAUUGGACAUUGAAGACGUGAGUUUUCCUUUUACCUGAGUUGUUCCUUUUGAGUUGUUACUGAGUUUGAAUAUUAGUAGGUAUAAAAGAAGAAAAUGGCUUAGUGUUCAUGAUUCUGCACAUUCAUUUCUAAGAAGCAAUAACUGUCAUGUGAGGAGAGACUAAAGUUACUGAGAGGACAGAGGAGCUACAGAGAUCUCCAUGGGAUUUUAGCCAUGUAGGGCAUAGCAGAGGCCUCCGAGAAUCACCCAUGAUUAAUUCAGGCAGGCCAAAGAGAAAGGCUGGGGAGAAAAGUGGACACUUUGGGUGUGCCUGUACUUUUAGAGCCACCGUUUCCACACUACCCCUCCCCCAAGGUAUUUAUUGCACAUCUGCUCUGUCUGGCACAGAUAGUAGAUAGUGCUACCUUGUUUUAUUUUUUUUUUUCUGUAGAAGGCUGUUUUGAGCCCUGUUUCAUUCACCUUCCAGUCCAGACUUCCUGAAUUCAUUAGCAACUCCUGAGUGGAAAAGAAACCAGGGUGACCAGUGGGCCUUUAGAAGUCCACUGCAUAUGACAGCGAAGAGGAGAUAACACAAAGGGACUGGAGCAUUCCAGGAAGACAACACUGGGGAGUUUUUUUUUUUUAACCCUUUGAAAGAAAUAGCUCUUUCUAUUCAAAAGUACCAAAGAGCAAAGCUAAACCCAACAUUCCAAAAGCAGUGCUUCUACUAACAAGGGAAAUGGAAUGGCUUCACCCGCCUCUCAGACAGGUCUCUGAGACCUCCAUGACCCUUUGCAUUAUUGAUUCAAAGAUACUUAAGAAAUAAAUGUUUCUGAGACCUCCUUUCUCUUCUUCCACUGUGAUCAUAGCUGUCCAUUAUUCAAUACACCUUUAGUCACUGAGUGCGAAGUUAGAUACUUUUUACCCAUUCAGUAGGUAUUAUACUACUUCCUGGUAGCUGACCAGUGACCAAGGAAGCCCAGAUUCCUGCCCCCAGGAGGUAUGUAGUGAAUGGGAUCCCUAUUCAAAUAGUAUGAGUUGGCCUAACCAUACUGAGACAGUUUUAUCUUGCAAGAGAAAGAUAAUUAUGACUUCUUUUUAACCCAAUCACAUUAAGAAAAAAAUUUGCACAACAAAAGCAGUUGACCAAAUACUCACUUUUUUUCUUAAAAAAAAAAUGUAAUGUUUCACUCUGGAACAGUACUCUUUCACCUUGGCCGACUUGCAGGUUCGUUCAUCUUCCUACUUUAGACCAAGCAGGGUAGUCAUGGUGGUGACCGGAUUCACUGAGAAGACGCAGUUAACCGGUUUUUACCUCUGUGGCACUGCUCCCUUUCCAUCACAACAUACUGCAGCCCGCCAAUAUUGGUGACACUGGUGACCCACAGAGGUACAUUCUAACCCACCUUGUUUUUUUCUUUUUAACUUUAUUUUAGAUUUUAAACGUGGAAAGCUAGCCUAGAACUACUAAGUAAAUGCAGUCCAAGGAUAUACAUGGUUAAACAUAUUAGAAAGGUCUUGCACUGUUUUUGAUUUGUUUUUGUUUCUGUUUUGUUACAUUCCAUCUUUGGAAUGUCAAUAAUCCUGCAGCGAAUUUUCACCGAGACCUUCCCAAGAAAUUCUUGCUGUUGGUCAGAUUCAAGUUCAAGCAUCUUGGUUUGUUUGCCUUUUCAGUCUUCAUGCUGUAGGGAAAAUAUGAUGUUCAGGGUUGUUAAUUAUUACGUGUGAAAUGAUUUCAUUUUAUUUGUUUGAUUAUUAUUUUAUUUUGUGUGUAUUGUGCACGACUUUAGGGGAACAGGCACUAAUAGUGUUGUUCCUUGAAAUUGGUACACAUUGUCGACACGAAAAAGAAAUAAAGUUUCUAAUUGUUUGUGAUUUCAUCACUAGUGGCACAGCAUAUUCUGUACAGGGGAAUGCCUCUCUUUACCAUAGGCUCCAGUCUCCGUUCUGUACUGGGGAAUGCCUCUUCUCAUUGUCCGUUGUUUGUUUUCAUGUUUUGAAGAAAUAAAGACCAACAAGGUAUCAUUGUGCAAUUGGUAUCCUCAUCCACAGGAAAGGAGACAGCCAGAACUCAAGGUCAUGCAAAUGUCAGCUCUUUGGACCUGCAAUGUUCUUGUUUAAAUGUCCCAAGAGCAGCACAUGGAGUCAGAGUGUCUGUCUGUCCUGUGACACUGUGAUCAACAUUAAGUGUGCCUUGCUGUCACCAUUUUCUCACCUUUUAGUUUAACUCGAUCUUCUUGCUUUCUGCAUCCAAGGUCAUGGACUCAUAAACUUUUAGCACACAGUGCAUUAGACUAAAUCAACAGACCAACACAAUGGAUAUUGGAAGUACAAUUACUUCCCAAGGGACAAGCAAAUCGUUCAUUUAGUAUCAUGCAUUGUAUUUCUUCUUGCUCCUAGUUCAGCUUAUGUUUUAUGUUAUUAACUUCUGGCUUUAUGCAUUAUAUGUUCCUGGCUUUCCUAUCCCUAACAAUCGAAAGAGCCUAGAAGAGGUGACCCGGCAUAGAACGAGAACUGCAGGAAAAGAAAUAGUACCCUCUUACUGUGGUAGAAUCUGGACAUUAGCUGCAUGUAAAUGACUCUGUUCAUCUGAGCAUCUUAUUUCCCACAAAAUCUUUCAUUAUAGCAUCCUGUGGGCAUGUGUGGCACAUUUUCAAGGGAGGGAGGAAAUAAGGUACAAUUUAAACACUCUUCUUGAAUCAAAAAAUUGAUUAUGCCUUCUGAAUAUUGAUCUUUAAUUUUAUACAAAAUUGGCAGCCAGUGUUUACUUCUUGAAUAAAGAGCAAAAAUGAGUAAUAUAGUGAGGAUUCUUGACCAUUUAAUAGACUUGGGCAAAAUUCUCUGGUUGAUUGACUCUCAACUGCGUAGGAGCAAGCACUCAUUAGUUCACAGGUUCUGAUUCAGUGCUUCCAACCAUGACGAUUUCAGAGAAUCUUGCUUUCUAAAGUAUAAGUGCACCAACUUUUUGUUGCUAUUGCUUUUCAAAUAUAAGAUUAUAAUACAAAUAAGCUGUCUGAAACAAGCCUACAAGAUGGACAGAUAGCUCACAUGUAAUAAGCAGCCCCUCCCCAAGAGGUGAUCUCCAAACAAAUAGAAAUGCAUUGUGUCCAUUGCCCUUUCUGCACCAGGCUUUGCCAUUGGAAAUGCUAUGUGCCUGCAUUCCUGGCCUUAACCUAUCAAAAUCAAGUGAGAGGGGCUAGUUUGCUCUCAUACCCAACAGCUUUGUAGAAGGAAUUAGAAAUCCCCUCUUUUUCUAAAUCAAUUAAUUCAGUUUCAUUAAGACUUACUUAGUUUUUUGUUUUGUUUUGUUUUGUUUUGUUUUUUUCUGAGUUGAAAAUGUGGAAUCUGCCUCUUGGUUUUAAUUUUCCUUUUCUGAUCUUGGGAAACUAUACCCAGAGCAGGUAGUGGUUGCACCAUGAUGAGUUUAGGAAUACUUGGCCAUUUCACCAUUGACAUUGUGCAUCCUAAUUUAUAGCUAUAAUCUGGCAUUCUUUAUAAUAACCAUGCCUCUUGGCAAGGCACUCUAACCACUGGCAAAACUUGGAAGUGUGAUGGUCAGUUGGUAAAUAAGUGGUGUGUCACACAAAAGAGACAUGAAAAAACACAUUUAUCUUUCUAAGGACAUGUGAAUAGAUUCAUUAACUUGUAUUCCUGUCUCCCUACAUAUUUAAUUUGAUUUCUUUUGCAGUGGAUUGGGAAUUUUGCUAUUCUUUUCAAACACUGUUAUUGCCAUAUCCAUUGUUUUCCCAUGUUCCAACAAAUCUCAAAGUUUGGCUAGUCCUGAUGGCACUGUAUCACUGGGAAUACCGUGGAAAAGAAACACAGCUGAAAUAGUGAGGUGUUCCAUUUUUAAUACUUAACCAGGCCAUGGGUACCAAUCUCCCAGGGCAGAGAAUAUCUUUCUCACAGAAGGGCCAACCACUGAGAGGUAGAAUUCCUAAGAUGCAGAGAGUGCUUUCACUCUCUGGUCCAUAGGAAAUGGUAAGUAUCCAACUUGCUGUGACCUUGCCUCAGCCUGCCAAGAUGUCCAAAGGGAUGCCCUUAGAGAAUCUCAAAGUUUUCAGUUUUGUCAAACAUUCUCUGAUUUCUUUGUCUCAAGGGACAUUUACAGAUCAUUACUUAUUCUUGAUGCACUUACUUUUUGUAAAGAACAGCACUACAUAAUGUAGGCUUUCCUUUCCAUACUGCCCAACUUUGUCAUUCUUCCAUCCACCACUUUUAGUACAUUCAGUAAACUUCAUGAUGCCUGCUGUUACCUCUCAGCAGCAGGGGAAAGCCCAUGCUUGAGAGUUUUUCUUCUGGGAGCAAACUUGUCCUAGAAAAAUCAAAGAUGACUAUUUUUCACAAAGACAACAGAUUUUAGAGCAAAGUGUAUUAUCUCUACAAAUACUUGGGUUCUGCGGUACCCUAGAGUUACAUGCUAGUUCAUUAAUGUCUCUUGGGUUGUAUUUAUCAUGCCCCAUGUCCAUCUCCUGGCUAUUCAUUCAAUAUCUGUAAGUACAGAGUGGGAAAGAACAGCAAGACAUAUGUCCCCAAGCCCCGUGAAGAGUUUCUCUUAAAGUGUCAUAUGUAAACACAUAAAAAUACAUAUGACUCUAAGAAAUAUGAGUGGCCCGAGUGCUUCACUGGUUAGUGUGUUUCAGGAAUGCAAUUGGUAAGAAAAUUCACAUUAAAAAUCAAAUAGACCAAGAAAGAAAUUACCAAACUUCAGGGUUACUGGAUCUGUUUUAGGAGUUAACUCACAAAGUCCAACCCUAAUAAUUUGUUUGUUGCAAAGACAGGUAUACUCUGCCAAAUCUAAAAAUGUACUUGAGGAAGGGAAAGUUACCUACUAGGAUGACUAUACAGCCCUCUACCAGUACCCCACUAGUGAUCUUAUAAUCUAUAGAACUAUUUCUUAGACUCCCUUGCAAAUAUGGAAUAAAGAUCAGUUCUGCAAGAAGGCAAUAUUUAUAUGGUUGCUGAUUUGCAAUGUUCCACCUCUAUUGUGAACAUCAUAAUCCUGAGGAUUUUUCCAAAUGAAAUAACUACUCCUAUGUAUUAAAUCUAUUACAUUCAACCAAGUCCGUAACUGCUUCUCAAAAUAUUUCACUGAAGAAAUAAACUAGAUAGCAUAUCCAUGAUAAGAAUCAUAUGAUCACAAUGGCUGCUUUUGUGAAAAAAAAAAUGAGAUUCUUUGUGAAUCUUUCCCUACAUUGCUAAAUUCAUUUUAGUAAACAUUAGACUUGAAGAAUAUCCCAGUGAAAAAUCUUGGGAACUUUUUAUCCUGCAUUGCCAUAAUGCUCAUAGAACCAAGUUGUAAAGUUAAAAUAAUGAUAUGGGUGAGAAUUAUCUAUACCUCUGACAAGAUUAUUUUUUUUUAAAAUGAAACAGUUUGGCAUAAAGAAAAUGUGUUAAGUAGGAUUUCAUCACAUAUUACUCUUAUUUAAGAUAUUUGAAAGUCAUUACCUUUAAGUAAGAAUGAUUUCCAUUUCCCUGAGACAACUGUAUAAUUUAAACUCAUUCUCAUGUUUGAUAUGAAAGUCAAAGCUGGGCAUAUAUAGCUUUUGGCUUGGACAACUAAAGAAAAGUAUGCUCUUGGCAUACUUUCCAUGUCAUUGAAUUAUUUUGUGGAAUACAUUAGAGCUGUGCAGAUGCCUUAUAAAAAUAUUUUCAAUAAUUCCCUUACAUUUUAAAGUGUAUAAUGCUUUUAAAUUACUCAACUUGGUAACUUAAUACUUCUCCCUUUUAAAAGAUGACUCCAUUUUGAGAUUGUUACUAACGUUUCAAGACUAAUUAUAAUGUUGAAUCAAUACAUAGGAUGGGAUAUUGGUCUUGAGUCAGCCCCACUAACAUGUGGUCCAGACAGAUCUCCCAGUAGUUAAAUGUUUCAGAUGAACCAGCAUUUUAGAGUAUAACAAAGGUGAAUGUUGCAUUUAGUCUUUUUUCUACCAACGGUGUGCAUUUUAACCAGUGCAAAACUAAGUUUAGAAGAUUUAAAUUACUAAUUGCAAGAUUCUUUUUCUUGAAACUGGACAACCUUGUUUAAUCAUUGGCUCCCUUCUCUCCUUUUUCUCCCACACCAUAGUGAUAUGUACAUCAAAAACAAAGAUAAGUUUCACAUGUUGAAUAGCCUGAACUGCAUCCUACAUAUCUAUCUAGGGUUGCCCAAAAAUUCAUGUCAAGUUAGUUCCUUUCACAUCAUAUCUCUUUCAUAAGUGGAACAAAGCAAAAAAGGGAGUGUUAUUCUAAAGGGAAAGAUGUACAUUUCAAGUUGUUUGAGAGAUGUUUAGAAUAACAAGUAUCCUUCCCAAAAAAGGUGCAAAAUAUUUUUUUAAAAAUAAAUUCAUUUUUAUUCCUUUUAUUUAGCAAAUAUUUCAGCAAGGAAGCCUUUAGGGCUGAUUUGGUUCCUUCAGCCUUUGAGAAUGAGUGUCAAAAACAGCUCUUGAAAAAAAAAGUUCUGGCCAAGAUCAAAUUCUGGAAGUUAAAACAGGACAGGAUUUUGUAUUUUUGUUUAAGAGAUGGUAUCAAGCAGGCAGGCAACCGUGUCAGUUAAUAUUUUCUAGAAAUGUGUCCUACAGUUGGGAGACACAGAGAAGGGUCUCACCCAGUCUUUAUCACAGGCCUGGUUGCAUAUUGGGAGACACAGAGGAAGGUUUCAUCCAUCCUGUCCACUGAUAUACUAUAUCCCCAGCCUGUGGAUCUUUCUCUGGCUCAGGUUAAGGUCAGAUAUUCACAACAGAGCCAACACCCAGACUUUCACGUCUGUUGGUUGCCUUGUCUCUGGCAUUUCCCCUCCAAAAUCUUACUAGCCCAGCCAACCAGUUGCCCAUGAGGCUUCUCCAAGGAGUCCUCUUAGGGCAAGGCAUGAGACUGAACAGGUGCAAAGCCUUUGGAAUUCAUUUACAAUUGUUAUCAUUAAGUCAUCAAAAACCUUUUUGUCUUUCCAAGUUUCUGUCCAAAACUCCAAGAACAGAGUUCCUGCUCUCAUGGGUAUCUUAUAGGAAGUUUGACACACCGACUCUAGUGGUCGUGUCAUUGUUAAAAGAAAAGAAAGAUCUCUUUAUGACUACUUCAGAUUCAUUUCACACUGCUUCAGAACUUCCACUAAUCAACAUCAGCUUCAUGGCCAGCAGAAUUCUGUCUUUACCUCAAAUUUAGAAUUGUUUUAUUUUAAAAAAUCAGAAUUAUUUUGGGUGUCUUUAAAGGAGUUUAAAAUAUUUAAUGAUUUGUUGAAACCAAGACAAAAGAAAGGAAUGUUUUGCACAGGCUAUUGGGCUAUAGAGGAGGACAGGUUUUUGUUGGGCAGUCUUGAUGUCUUGCCCGUCUUUGUAAGUUUCAGAGUGUUGGUAAGUUUCAGAACAGCUGUUUCAGAGCAUAUAAUGUAGGGGGCAGGAGAAUGCCAAGUACCAUCCUGGUUGAAACAGAAGCUUUGAACAAAAGCACAUGUCAUUUUACCUGUCUCGGAGUUAACGCUGUGCUCAUGAACCAGCUAUGGUAAGGAUGGGUGGAGCUAGAUAAACAGCAAAUGGAUGACUAAAGACUGACAAGGGAUCAGACACAAGUUAAACCAGAGAGGCAGAAAAUUAGCCAGUUUAACAAAGCCCCAUCCACAAUCAUUCACAGACUUUUCCUUCGGUUCAAACUUGAAAAAAAUAAUAAUAAUUCAGUCUGGCCAGUGGAGCAGUUUCAAAAUCAGAGUUUAUGUUUCUGACACAAUCUCAUACAUUUCCAGCCCUUAUUUUGAUAAAAUGUUAAGAAUCAUAAGGUAGCAUGAGACAUUAAAGGAAGGAUGAUUUAAGACAAUUAACACUGGCUCUGAAUUUAAUCAGAUCCCAAUUACAGUCCUCUAAUUAAAUUAAUCUUUCAUUUUGGUCUAAGGAUGCUUUAUGAAUGUGAGAAUAUUUAAUAGGGUCAUUCUGAAACUGAUCAAAGAACUUCCCUUUAAAAAGUAGAAAUAAUGAUUUUCUUAAUUUCACAUUCUGUCUUUCACCAUCAAGAUGAAUGGAUUCAAACUUAAAUAACACAUUCCAGAGUCUUCUAUGAGCCAAUCACCAUGUGAGACUGCUCUGUUAGCAUUUCAAGUUGUGGACAGGUUGGUCAUUAUUGAAGUUCUUUCUACUAACCACAAACACUGAAUGUUCUUGACUUGGAGCGUUUGGCUCCUCUCUGAGCUAAAACUCCAUUCCUAGUCAACUGACAGCCUCUAAAGAAGAGGACCUUAGCUUCUCCCCUGAGUACACAGUGCUCUCUUCCUUUGAAUGCACAGUCAUCAUCAGACAGAAGACUUGAAAGUUUUCUCUUUUGGAAAGGCAGAUAGAUCACUUAUUUCAGAAAGUUAUGAGUCUUCAGAUCUCUCUGGGUUUGAAUCUUCACAUUGCUCCAUGAGAGAUGAGAUGAUACUUUCAUGUCGUUUUUUAGAACUCAUCAAGCCCCACCCAUGUGGUCAGUAGCUUCCUGUUCCCUCCUCUUGUAAAUAUAGGCUAAAGAUGCUUUAUGAUGCCAAUCAGUUGCUCCUUGUAUUCAGUUAUCAGAACAAGUGCCAAGUCAAUCGAGCCCCAUGCAUCUGGGGGGAACAUAACAAUAGAUGUUAUAAUAGUUAUUUGUACACUUCUGGGGUAUAGGACGGGCUUUUUUUUUUUCCCUGAGGGGAGGGAGUGGGAAGUUUCCUUCAUUUGAAGAAGCAUCUGAAAGAUUAGAGUGGACUUAACUCCGUGUCCUUCUUAUGGACAAAUCCAUCCUUCUUCUAAGGAUGACCUUUAAUUCUCAGAGUGUCUCAUAACAAUUCCACUUUUGUUUUGCAUUCCUUAGGCUUCCCAACAGAUAGGAGAAAGAGAUUGUCAACACUGUUUUAUCCUAAACUACAUGAAAUUAUAAACAAGCUGUCCAGUGGCCAGCAGCACCCCCUCCAAGUUUAUUUAAGGGUACAAGUAUUCUACAGCAAAAUGAAAAAAAGGGUAUCAUUUGCUACAGAUGCAAUUGUCUUUUCAAUACCCUCUUUGUUAUGGAGAAAUGACUGCUCCAAAAGAUUUCAUAAAAAAGACUUCUUAAAUCAUAACUGUAGCAAUUACCUGGACUGCCACAGUCAAAAUACUUCAUUGGUGAUCUGAAAUUGCACAUAAAACACAGAAGAAGAAUGUAGACAUUUUCACAAGGGAAAGACAGGAAAAAAAUAACAGACCUCUGCUUAUGUAAAAGAGAAUAUUUUGUGGAAUGAAUGUAAGCUUUCUCUUGAAGGAAUGUCUUAAGAAAUGACAAAACUAUUUCAACAUUAGUGGAAGGAACGCAUUCCAACUUUAUUAGUCCUGAACCACAAAGCCAAAUUUGUAAGGGGGGAAGAGUAACUAAACAUUACUGACAUAUGGCAACAGAUGAAGUGGCUUUGUGAGCCUCAACAUAGAGAGAAGAAAUUUAAAUGGGUAAUAUUUUGUUACUACUGCAAUAAUUUCUGUAGCUGCUGCUUGGGGAUAAAAAUACCCUUUCUCUUCUCAUUUAUGUUUCCACCCAGAGCUGCUGUUCAGUUGCAGCAAAUGCAUCACAUUUUAAAUUGCAAUGAUUCCCUUAUGUCAAAUUUGACCUCGAUUUCAGAUUUGAUUAGGAAAUAGUAAACUGGAAAAUGGGGAGGUUCAUCUUUUUAAAAAUAAAGAUGCUCUAUAGGCAUUUUCUGCUGCUGACUGCCUUCAGCAAUCCUAGGUGUGCUGUCAAUCAAAGGCUGCUCUAUGCUUAAGGAAGAGAACCCCCUUUUCCCAAUGAACUUAGCCUUCCUUCCAUUCACACAAAUUCCUGUCAAUCUUCUUCAACUCCCUGCCAGAGCCCCGCCUCCUAAGUUGACCCAGGUCUUCCAGCCAAACAAAUUGCAGUCUCUAAUUAUGCCUGCUGACAGCUUGUCCACCUUAACUCUUUCUCACCUGAAAGCCCCAGGAGGUCCCUUGAAACCUUCCCUGUUCAUUCAUUUUCAGAAGUUCUUGGGAUUAACAAAUUUCCACAAAGGUUUUACUAAGAAAAUAUCAACAACUCAUUUGUUUGUGCUCAGCCAAGAAACUGUGAACAAAUUUAGUCGCCGUGUUAAUUACUCUGGAGUGAUAAGGUGACUGUCACCUAAGCGGCAGAAGAGAACUCUUAUGUUAUUACUAAAAUAAUAUUAUAUGAAAAAAGAGGGUAGAAUUUUCUAGAAAUGGACUUUUAAGGUGUUACACUUAAUAACAUAGAAAAUUACACAGGAAGGCCAGCGCAUAGAAUUAUAUUUUAUGAACAUGUUUAUUGUAUAUACUGAUGUAUGCCUAACUUUCUAAACCUAAAACUCUUCUCUAAUUAAACCAACACCCAUGGAAUCUAGCCCUUACUACUUGAUGGGUUUCAGGAGAGAAAAUUCAACAUUGAUCUUCCCCUCCCAUAUGGCAAAGCUUUGCUGUGAGAAUCCAAUUCAGAUGACAUGGCUAACUAUAUUUAGUGUUUUAGAAUAAGCAACUACAGCGAUUCUUCAAAGUUUGAUCUGCAGCCAACCAGCAUCAGCAAUGACAAGGAAACCUGGGAAAUAUGCAAAUCAGCUGCUCCCACUUGAGACCUCAUCCCUUGGUAAAUGAGAUAUGCCAGGACUAGGCUCCACCCUGCAAGUUUUAACAAGCUCUUUGGAUUGUUUUAAUGCAUGCUGCAGUUCAAAACCAUUGAUCCACACAGUGUUCUGCAUGGCUAAGGAUGAUCAAUGUCACCCGCUGUUUAGCUCUGCUCCCCCAGAAAGAAGCUUAACGGCUUAAAUGGCAGCCUGCCUCUCAGUACAACAGACUCAGACGUGUGGUUUAAAAGUCCAUAACUCAGACUUAGAAUUCAAUUUGAAGGAGAACUAACCUCACAAUUGCUUUUUUUCCCCCUUGUAAUGGGACUUCAGGAAGCCUCUCUUCCCUGAGUCUUUCUUUUAAAAUACAGCCUUGCAUAUUCUUUACCUGAGCAGCCAUGGACAGGCUAGGAAACCUUUCUCCUGAUUGCUUCACUAGUGCUGGUGUUAUCCUUCAUUUUGAACUAUUCUGUGGCAGUCCUAUGUCCUGCUGAGUGAAUGUCUUCUGGUCUGAGGAGUGGGAAGCUCCUUCAAAACAAGCCACAGGGCGCAAAAAGCUGGGACACAACAUACUGCAUAGACCUCAUCACUCUAGGUACCCUGGGGUCAACUUUCAAGACUCUCUUCUUGGCCUUGGAGUGCUGAAUACUCAGGUCACUUAGCAGAUAAGAAUGUCUUAGAAAGAAAAGCUGAGAUAGUGAGUUACGUGAGUAAGUGUGGACAUGUGUCGAUCUGUCCUCUAAAAUCUAACCCAACACUCUUAAAUAUUUAAAAUACCCACCACGUGUUUGUCCCUGCUUUUCAAGCAAUUCAAGAAGCUGUGUGUGUCUACUGAUUCUGGCCAAAGCUUGAGCCUAGGUUGUCCCUUUGCUAUGGGAAGUGGGGUGGGGAGUGAGGAGUACUUUGGCACUGAUGACUUCCCUCUUGUCCUCUUCCUCUCGAAUGCACCUGACUUCUUGUAUCCCCAGUUCAAGCACAGCCCAUUUGGUCUCAGUCAUCUUCCCCUGCAUCUCCACUUAAACUCUCUUUUACUCACAAUCAAAGUCUUGCUGACAAGUCACCUCGCCACUAGGGCCGUUGCAGAGUUGGAAUAUAAUAUUUACAGCAGAAGGCCUAAGCUCGAUUCUGUGCAAUUAACUCAAAUUUGUCACUAAGAUCCAAAGCCUUGCUAUCCUCUCUGACUGUUGAAAGCCAUCUUGGAAACCUCUAUGGUGGAAGCUUCCCUGGUGAAAUUGCCAUGCAUCUCUCCUUGCUCCACGAUCCAUUGCAUUGUUUAUUUCGCUCCAAUCCCAAAGCCUUGAAAUAAUCUUGGAUUUGAAUUGUGAAAGAGCAGGAAAACAGUUAGAUAAUGAAAGGCCCUUAUUUCGGAGAACACGGAAAAGGCUCGGGCAUGAGAAGGUAGCAGAUGAUUGUUUUAAAACCAUAAGCAGAUUUGCCUGUCAGUACUAUUCCCGGUGAUGGUCACAGGUUAAUGGUACAAGACAAGUCUCUUUCCCAAAAGCCAUAAUAACCACCGCUGACACAACUGUGAUUGUAACCGGACUUCCCGGGGCUCUUCUGGGAGUUUUGUAGAGCACAAUGCUCACAGCAAAGAGACACUCAUGGCUCUCUAAACAAGGACCAGAAAAGGAAAUGGCUGUUGUAUAUAUGCACAAAAUGCUGCUCAGCCACUGGCAGCAUUCCAUGGGGCAGGCAAGAGAGAGAUUUCCAGUUGGAAACUAAUCCACAAUUGUCUCACGCCUCCAGUGGCAUUUCUUCCCCCAGGGUGAAUGAUUUAAGGGUAAACUGAGCUUAUCCUGAGCAAUUGUAACAGGCAAUCCCUAUAGAAAAGGCUGGCGUGUCUUCACGCAUGAAUUCUUCUCUGGAGAAGACCUGAGCACCGCAACCAAUCCCCCCCCCCCCCCACACACACACACAUGCUGAAGAGUAGAGAACAGUCUGUCCAGAUGAUGUACUCACAGUGUAAGGGAUCCAAAUAACCUUCAAAGACAAAGAGCAGGAGGUGGAAAGCCAAACAGACAAAAUUAGAGGCAAUCUUAGCACGGGUGAGGGUAAGCAAUCCUCACAUUCCUCCAGCUCAACCUGGCGAUGGCCCGUGCCCAAGACUGUGUUUUAAAUAGCUCAAUCCCACUGGGAAUCCACUGAAUGGUGGUUUGGCAGUGAUAAUAGAGAUGGAAGCUUAACUAAGUCUUUAGGCCAAUGAAUCAAAUGUAUAAAGAUUGCCAUUUUCAGCACACAACACAUACACAAAGGCGUGCGCAUCCUAGUUAGUAAUUCUGUGGGGGAAGCAAAAUGUUUAGCAAUCAGAAACUUUUUAGUGUAUUCCAUCAAUGCUUUAGAGAUAAAAUGUGGGGGGAAGAAAAGUCAACAUGAGCAUGAUUGCCAACUGUAUUACAAUUAUGAUCGUCAGACGUACUGUUGGAAACGCUAUGUAAAAUACUUUCUCCAGCAUCAAAGGAUCAAUACUAUUUGAAAAUAGCUGUCAAUUUGUGCUCAUUAAAUAUUCUUAUGUCUGCGAUGUUCUACUAUUAUCCUGAAAUAGUGACCACACACCUGAUAUGACGAGGAAAGAAAAUGGCCUCGUUGAAAUGUUAGAAGUGAAGGAAGUUAUUUAUAGUCUUCUGCCAAAGAAAAUUGUUUAAUGCUCUAUAAAAUGUAGAUUAACUUCUUGUAUUAUGAAUGUGACUGUAAGAAUGCUCACUCCGUCACCUAUCUUUUGAAAAUGAAUUCUUUUUGUGUUUCCAAUGGCCAAGGGAAAUAUUUUAAGCCGAUGUAAUACACAUAAGUCUUAGUAAAAGAAAGCUAUAUUUGAAUCUGAAAAUUCGGUGGCGCAUUUAUCAGUCUUUUCCUCAAAUUCUUGCAUCACACUAGGCUGCAUUUGGAGACCUUAAACACGCCAACAUUAAUGACGAUUCUUGUCUCAUAGAGAAAUCAUUAAAACAUUUCUCUUCAAGAACGUUGAGUGGACAGAAAUUACUGUCUAAUUUUCUUAGCCAACCACUCCAUACUCGUUGUCUCAGAGGUCUACCAAUUUUGCACAGAAAGUUAAUAGACUGUGUAAGCCAAUUUAAUCUGUGCAGUUAGCAAGAACUAGCCAUUAAACUAUAUAUUUAGGUGUUUUGUAAAUAAAAUUUUGAUUACUACAGUUUUGUUCAGACUUAUGUCUUUUAAAAUAAUUAGACAUGAUUUGAAUUUUUUAAAGAAUCUGUUAUAUUAGAUGUUGCGUUAUUGACUGUGAUUCAAUGUACACUCAGCCAUAUUCCUGUGGGAAAUAUCAGUCCUAUUGACUUUCUUGGCAUGAGCCAGAAGCUCUUAGUUUCUCUAAGGACUUUAAGUAUAAAGACAAAAAAAAAUCAAAAUAAAAUGCUAGUGAAGAAAUAAGAAGCCUAUUGUAUAAAAUGUAUUUUUAAAAAUCUUAGGAUUUCAUGUGAUUUACACUGCCUGUUAAUCUAGUCUCUGUGGAAUGACCACAGCAUAUGCGUUAAGACAAAAACACCAAAUAUUUGUGAUCUUUGUACAGCACCUUGUUAUAAUCUGUGAUUUCAAAUGGUAAACAUCUCUGUUGUGAUCACGUGAGCCCACAGAAGAAUUAGUUCCUGCUGUCAUGUAAAAUCCAGCUCUCAGAGUUGAGUUUCCCUGCAGCUGCUCUAUCACCAAUAAACAAGAAUUAAUUGUGAAAAGAUAUAUUUUAUGUUUAUGAUCACUGUGCAUUUUGUUAAUGAAUUCAGAAAAUUUUGUUUUUACCAGAAAUUCUCUCAGCCAGUAAAUACAAGUGCUGAUUUCAACCAUACUAUCAUUUCUGUGGUUUCUAUAUUCUUGAUCUAACUACCAAAAAAUUGGAAGUUCGGUGCAAAGUAUGUCCUAACGAAGAUACAAUAAAUGACUUUUCCUGCAUGCUGCUUGAGAUACAUUGUAAUUUGAAAUGUCGUAUCAAAAAAAGUAUCUAUUUCACACCCAAACUGUAACUGGCAAUAUUUCUUAUGUGUAUAACUGAUGGUAUGUCAAUAUCAAAAGCAAUGUCUAUCAUACAUGUAUGUUCUAUGUGCUGUUUAAUCAUGUUAAGCUGUAAUCUGUGAGGAUGUCAUUGCCUGAACUAGUUUAUUGUGUGUAAAUCAUUGUCCUCACUGUUUUCCUAAUCUCACCAUGUUUCCUAACUCUGAAAUAUAAAUGUUUGUAAAUUA